AGCAUUAUGAGGGUGAUUUUAUAUUGGUUACAUUAAAAAACAAAUGAAAAAAUAAUGUUUUUUUAUUGAAACAUUGCUUUAAACAGCAAUAUUCAGGAUUGUGGUUUUUCAGUUUUUUUACUCCUUGCUAAAUCAUAAAAUAACAUGCAAUGAUCACAGGUGAUACACAGCUUAUAUUUAAAUUCCAGCUGACAUCUUACCCUGGGCAAACAUCAGUCAGAGCAAUUUCUGCUGUAAUCAUAACAUGUCAAAAUUAAUAGUUUAGUAAACAAAUAAUUCAAAUAUUAGAAAAGUAGUUAUAGGAUGUGUUGUUUGCAAUAAAGAACAAAGAGACUACAAAAAAUCUUUUAUAAUUUAUUUAAUUGCAUUCAGAUCUUCAAGUUGCCAAGAAGAUGCCGUCCCAAAGAAGUGAAAUGGAGAGACUAAUGGAAAAAUAUAAAAGUGACAUAGCGUUCUUAGAAGAGCAAGAAAAAGAUAUCCAGAGAAGAAUAGAAAUUAUGGAAAAUCUCAUACCAACUGUAUUGAUAUGGUACAUGUGGAAAGUUUCUCAAGCUGAAAAACCGACACCUCUCGACGUGCAGAGUGAAGAAGAUGCUCAAAGAAAGUUGUCACACCUUGAGACCAUUUUGGCUGAGCUUCAAGAAGCAGAUCAAGCUUUAAAGGAAGAGGAAAAUGUUAUGCGUAAAAGAAUAGAAGAAUUAGAAGAGUCACUUAAAGAUACAAAAAGUAUAGAUUUUACGCUAAGUGAACCAUCAACAUCGAGAUUGAAAGCUGAAAGAGAAAAAGUAAUGGGCGAGGAAAAAGUAAUGGCUGAAGAAAGUAGACAAGUCAUGUUCAAAGAUUUACUGAAAGAUGAAAACACUGACUGGAAGCAGACUUGUGAAGAUUUGUGUACUGAGAUGAGUGGACUUCGUGAAAAUCUACAAGAGACUAUUGAGAAACUUAAGGAAAGUGAAAACUACAUAAAACAACUAGAGGAAGAUACCAAGUUAAAAGAUGGAGUAAUAGAGCAAAAGAUCAAAGAUUUGGAAAAAGAAACUAAAGCUGCCAUUGCCGAAGUUAUUGAGAAAGAGGAAGAAAGGGUUUUAGAAGAAGAACUACAGGAUGAAAAAGUACUUUUGGUAGUGGCAGAAGCAAUGGAAGAUGUGAAGGCCAUGAAAAAAUCACUCCGAGUACAGGGUGAGAUUGAAGAAGAAGAAGAAGAAUCUGUAGAAAAAACAAAGCCAAUACAAAUUGGUGGACCUCCAUCACCUCAUAGAAUUCAACAAGUUGAAGAAAUGGGCUUAAAGAAGGAAGAAUCACCUACACCUUUACAAGAAACCAUAGAUGGAAAAAUUAUUCCACUAGUUUUAACGCCAGAGGAUGUUAUUAUGCCAGGUUCUGCAGAAAUAUUACCUAAACCACCAAUUCAUCCUCCACAAAUAUUUGAAGAACUUGAAGUCGAAGCAGCAGCUAUUAGUACUGAGUUGCCUCCAAAACAGCCACAAGAAGCAGAGCCCGAUGCUGAAAUCCAACCUGCUGAAACUAUACUUCAAGCAAAAGUUGAAGCUGCAUCUACAGAAGGUGAAGUUUCUGAAACUUUACCGAGUGAACCCUUGCUUGAUUUGUCAGCACCUCAACCUGAAGAGGUACAGCCUGUAAUAGAAACCUUGCCUAUUGAACCAGCUAUCCAAAUGGAAGCUGAACCUAUACAAACUGAAAUUGAAGCCCCUGUAACAAAACCUGAAGAAUUGCCUGAUGUGUUGGCACCUCAACCUGAAGAAGCACAUCCUGCUACAGAGACAUUGUCUAUCGAACCUCCUGAUAUCCAAAUGGAAGCUGAACCUAUACAAACUGAAAUUGAAGGCACUGUAACAAAAACUGAAAUCUUGCCUGAAGUGUCAGUACCACCAUCUGAAACAUCAAUUCAAAAGGAAGCUGAACCUCCAUUAGAUGAAAUGAAAGAUUAUGAAACAAAUAUUCAAACUGCUCCUGAACAAACAGUACCUGAACCAGAAGUUACUCCUGAAAUAGUUGUCGCUACUGAUUCUGAAUCAAUACCGGAGGCCAAAGUUACAUCAUCUGAUGUUGAAGAUUCAGUUAUAAAAACUGAAACUCCUCUUUCUGAUGAGCCAACAUUAAAGUCAGAAAUAACUGCUGAAAUUGCAGAUGUAACAGAACCAGAAUCUCCAGCUGCUGAGCUUGAAUCAUCUUCUGAAGUUCCUCAUACAGAUACUUCUACAAAGCCUCCACCUACAGGUACUGAAGUUGAUGCAAACGUUUCUGAGGCACCACAUGCUGAUAUUUUAGAAUCUGAAAUUUUACAAUCAACUGAACAACCAGUCCAAAUUUCACAUGAAGAAAGUUCACCUGUUAAAGGCGUAACAUCUUUCCCAGCAAGAGAAGCUGGGGAAACAGUGGAAGCUCUUGCAAUUACAUCAGAACCAUUUGAUGUUCAGACUACAGCCGAGCCAAUGCCAAGUACAUCUACUGGUCCUGUAUUUCAACAGGGACCAAGUGCUAUAAGAGGACUGCCAGGUACAGAUCAACUGGCUACCCAGGCUCUUCAAGGAAAAUGCAGAGUCAAAGACCACUUGAUCAAAUCCAUGGCUGACGAGUUGAGAGACUUAGCCAAGAGCAAUGUCUGGUCUGGUAGUGACAUGUUGGCGAGUACCAGCAAAGACCCAGUCAAAACUUACGAUUUUGAUAGGACUACUCUCCUCCAGUAUCUAAAAGGGAAAGAACCCAAAGACAUGGGCUCCUCACUUAAGGGGUUGCCCGAGUUCCUAAAAAACCUGGUUCAAUGCAUUGUCAGUGACUUCAACGCGUGGUUUGACCAAAGGGACUAA